AUGUAUGUGAAAUGGGUUGAUACAGUAAAUGUUUUACUAUGUGAUUUUAGUGUAUUGAGUGAAUGUCACUUUUUGUCAUUUUCAAAUUUCCCGCCGUUCUGUCCCCCAUACAUCCCGACGCUCGCAGGGGACGGAACCCAGGUGACAGAUGCCAGCAUCCGCCAGAUUACAUUGCCGGGGACACUGCAGGAGGGACAUCGCGGGAGCACAGGACAAGGUAAGUGAAGAACAGAUGCCGGAGCAGCGCCGCAUGGUAAGCCCGAGUGUAGCUCGGGGUUACCGCUUUUGCUACACUCGGGAAUACCGUUAGGGAGGUUAAGAU